CACUCCUGCCGAUUUCAAGGAUUUCUAGGCCUCUUCUUCAGUAGAUCGACUUCGCCUCCGACUCGCGUGUGAGGUAAGAGUUUUGAACGAGCCGCAAAAAACUUCUUUGCCUCCUUCGACGACGUAUCUUCCUGUCCGAUAGGAACUCACAACAGAUCGCUGUUCUUCUGUUGGAUCGGAAGUAACGACGACGACGGAGGGAGCUCGCCGUUUCGAAGGUCUGUCUCGGCAUCAACCUUUUUCCCUAUCCGGGUUCUGGAGUUCUUAGAAAUGGGGACGUCUUCAUUUUUUGACAGGAUGCUAUCCCAUCUUCGAGAAACUAGCAGGUACUAUACUGGGCAUCCAAAAGAAUUUGGUCCAUCAAGGAUCAUUCAGUUUACAUCUGAGCGUCAAUUUGUUCAGCUCCUGCAUGAAGGCCAACCUGUUGUUGUUGCGUUUACUAUUAAGUGUCCAUACACAAAGCAUUUUGAUAGCGUAUUGGAGGAAGCAGCCGCAGAGUUUUAUCCAAAUAUAAGAUUUGUGCGAGUUGAAUGCCCAAAAUAUCCAGGAUUUUGCAUUGCAAGGCAGAGAAAAGAUUAUCCGUUCAUUGAAAUUUUUCACAGUCCAGAAGAGGCAGCUAAUCAAGCAAAAGUUGCAGAUGCCAACAUAACAAAGUAUUCGGUCAAGGUUCUUCCUGUAAGGCUAUAAAGUUUCUUUUUCCCAAAUUUAUGCUCAUGUCGAGAGAAAACUGGUUUUUUUUUUCCCAGUAAAAAUUUUGUUGGUUAAACUACCAUCUAUUAUUGGAGAAAUUAUUAUGUACAGUCGCCAAACGCCAUCCAGAGUUCAAACAGAAUGAGUCACGUCAAUACCACGGUUCGGUAUUGCUCAGUACCGCGGCUCGGUAUCGCUCGGUAUUGCUGACAUGGCUCAUUCUGGUUGGUCUCCGGAUGUAGAGCUGCGUUUGGCGUCCGCACAGAAUAAUUUUUUCUAUUAUUGCCAAUGGGACACUCUGCAUUUAUAAAAUUAUAGUCUUGUUUUAUGGUUCAAGUAACGACGCAACUCACCUUGGUCUAUUGGUUGAGAGCUUAGGCUUCCAACUAAGAGGUCUUAGGUUCGAGUCUAAAUGGCCUAAAUGUCCCAAAAAAAAAAAAAGGUUCAGGUAACGUCAUAUAAGUGCUAUAUAGGAUAACUAUUAUAACAUUUAAAAAUGCAAAUAUUGUUUUAUUUGUAAAGCAAUCAAUAGUAACGCCGCAUCAUUAGUUGUCAUUAUUGAUUUUAAUUACAUUUUGAAAAUUCCAUUGGUCUGCUCGCUUGAUGAGUCAUUCAUACUUUUUUGACCAUAUUUGUCGGAUUGUUGGCGUUCGGUGAGUAGAUAGCUUGGUUUGGGUUUGGUAACCUUUGGUGGUUUUGGAAAUAUUCCUUAAAAGUUUGUGCUGUCAGUUGUCAUAUUUGCUGUUGCUGUGCGGUCACGGGAGCUAGUAACUGUAGCAGGAUUUUGGUUAUUGUAAAGGAAUUUUUGCAGCCGAGUGUUUUAGCGGCUGCACGUAUCUGCGUUGGAUUUGAAAGUUAGAGCAGGUUGACAGAAAGUCAAAUUAAAUUGAUUAUUAAUUGGUUGAUUUAAAAUUUUAAAAUUAAUUUGGGAUUAAUAUAACUCUAAAUCAAGGUUAAUUCUAUCCUAACCUAUAUUAUGAAUCUAUAAACAGCGACAUGAGGCUUGCAAUUGAGAGCUUUUGGGGCUUGAAUAUAAUUUAAUUUCUAGUUUAAUUCUUGUAAAUUGAAGUUGGAUACACGAUUCCUUCAAAAGUGCCGUAUAAGUGAGAAUACCUAAUUUCUGGGGAAGUCGCCUCCUUUUUUUAAAAAAGAAAAAAAAUAAAAUUUGGACCAUUUCUCAAUUUAUGCAUGUCAUCCUUGCGCAAGGGUCAUGCUAAUCUUUUCUGUAUUGUUCCAAUUUUAUUGGAUGUCUCCGAAGAGACAAGUCACCUACUUAUAUCAGUGUGAGGCUUGAUUUUUCUUGGAUUAUUUUGUAUAUUGUUUAUUUUCUUAAAUAAUUUAUUAUUGGCUACUUUCAUGCUUUCGAAUUUGGUAAAAAAUAAUAGCAAGAAAUCUAAUUUUGCGGAAAUUAUCUGUUUACGUGCUGAUUUUAUUUGUUUUCAAAUUAUUGGUUGAAAUUUUUAGAUAUUUAUGAUUAUUUCAUUGUCAAUUGAGCUUGAAUCCUACUAUUAAUUCUUUUCCAACAACAACAAUAACAACAUCAAACCUUUAUCCUACUACAUGUGGUCGGUAAUUGUUUUCCAAUGUAAAACUAUUGGUAUAGUUAUUAACUUGUGAUUACUAGAUCUUAUGCAUACCAUGCAUCAAAUAUUUAAGAUUAUUUCGUUGUCAAUUGAGCUUUAACACUACAAUUAAUUGUUUUCAUGUAAAGAAAAUGGUUGGUAUAAUUAUUAACUUGUGAUUAACAAAUCCUCUACUUUUUUAUGCAUGAAAGCAUACUGUGCAUCAUCUUAGUUGCAUUACAUAAUCUAAUUAUGAAUUGCCUUUUAUCAAAUUAGUAUUAGAGUUUUAUGUAAUGUAAGAUGUUAUUCAGAAGCAGGGCUAUUUAUCAAUUUAACUUAAUAGAUAGUGAAAGUGAUCACAUUUUAUCAACUUUGAAAAAUUAAUUUACUUAAUUAUUGGAAAAAAAAAAUCAAAGAUGUGAUGAUAUUAAUUUACUUAAGCUUAUAAAUUAGAAUUUGAAAGUCAAUCAAUUUAAUGUACAUAAAUUUAAAGUGGAUUUACUCACGAUGAAAAUCAAUUCAUUUAACUAUUAAUAUUGGUAGGAGAAGAGGAAAUAUUCAAUAUAGGCAGUUUGUGCUCUUUAACAAUGAUACUUAUGAAAUUCAUAGGUUUUUGUAUUGAGUUGAUGGCAUAACUAGUUGUAGUGGAAUUGUUUAUCUAUGAUAGAGGAAUUGAUCAUAAAGCUUUUAAUUAUUGUUUUCUAGAUAUAAUUCAAUUCAUUUGAAUGAUAGACUCUAUCUGAUGAAUGAAUGAUUAGUGUGAUUUGCGAAAUGAAAUUAAUUGGUUAAGAGUCAAGCUCAAAUUCAAAUGAGUUGAAUUUGAAAGAAAAUUUAAAAGAUAAAUAUUUGCUUAUGUUAUAUUGAGGCCACUUGAUGAAUUUAUGAUUAAAGUGGCAAAAUUGCUAUUGAAUGCACGAAUAAAUUUAAAGAAUUGUUGUUGCAUUAUAAAGUCAUUGAAGAUCCUAAAACCACUCUUUAAGUUUAGGUCCAAUUUGAGAUUCAACAUCAAGAGAGUCAUGACACCUCACAACGUUCCAUCGCUCAAGCAUUCCUUUUAACUUGAAUUAAAAUUUAAGCAAAUUUUAAAAAUUUCAAUGAUUUUCAUGAGUUUGAUGAAGAAAUUAGUAAUUCUUUAGACAUUUUCUAUUGAUAAUUCUUCGAAUAUAAUGUGUUGUUUCUUAGCUACUCAAAGGUUGAAUCUAAUUGAAAGAAAAUUAUACUUAUUCAAAUUUAUUCAAACAUUGCGAGAAAAAUUGCUAACUUAUAAUCAAUAUUUAUAUUUAUAUGUUGUUAUCUAAGUCUCCCCUAGAUUCCAUGAAUCUAAUAUUUGAAGCAUUUCCACAAUCAUAUAGGAUCAAAUAUAUCUAAUUUCGAUUUAAUUGGCUACUUAUAUUUUUUUCUUAGGUACUGAUGAUCUUGGAAGAUCAUCAGUACCAAGUCCUGGAUGUUUAACAUUGCCGUUGCCAGGUCCAAAGUCCUGGAUGAGAAAAGUGGAGGGUUACGUUAGGUAGUCUACAGCCAGCGUAAAAUUUGUAGAACAUUAAUGAUAUGAAUCCUUUAAGAAAUUGUGUUAAUGCUAGGGUGUCCCCUGGAAGCGACGUGCUGUAUGGCCUGAAUACAGUGACAAGUGUGCAAGGGCCGCUGCACCGG